CUUUAAACGGCCUGAGAGGGACAUGCCUCCCAGGAUGCAGUUUGUAUCAACAUGGCAGCUGCUGUGCAGCUCCCCUGCUGAAGAGGCGCCGGGACGGCAGCGCAGCUCGCAGCCGGGGCCGGGGCCGGAGCCGGGGUCGCAGCCGCGGCCGCAGAGGGGCCGCGCGCGGGCCGGGGGCCGGUGCUGAGGGCCGGGGCCCAGCUCGCGGCCGGGGCGCAGCCCGCCCGGCCGCCCGCACCGCCGCGCGCCCCGCUCCGACGCCGCCGCCCGGCUCGGCCGCUCCGUCCCCGCCCGCCCUGAGCAGGCCGGGCCCGACGGCCGCGCGAGCCCGGGCGGGGAAGGCAGGGCCGGGCGGGCGCCGCCUGCGGAGAGGCCGGGAGGGGGGGCGGCCUGCGUGGGGCCGCGCGGCGGCGGCGGCGGCGGCGGCGGCGACUCCGGCCCGGGCCGGACAGCGCAGGGCCAUGGCCGAGGCGGCCCCGGCUCCGGUGAGGGCGGCCCGCGCGCGCACGGACGCGCGGACUCGGGGCCCGGGGGACGGCCUGCGCGUCCCCGGCUCGGCGGCCCGGCCUGGGGUCUCGGUCCAGCAGCUGGACAUGGAGACCCAACGCUCCUCACCUCUGUCCUUCCCCAGUGUUCUGCAAGAAGAGACCCCACGUCAGGCCCCUGCUGGACCCCCCCGAGAAACUCUGUUCCAAUCGCGUGUUCUUCCCCCCAAAGAAAUUCCUUCUUCGUCUCCCCCCAUUCCCCGACAAGCCUCCCUGCCCCAAACUCCCAAGCUAGAGACCUCUGGCCGAAUGCCACACGUUCUCCAGAAGGGACCCUCACUCCUGUAUCCUGCCGCUUCUGAGCAAGAGACUCGUCUCCAGGGUCGCCUGGCUUCUCAAGAAGAGACCCAGUAUCCGCCCCCAGCUGCUGCUGAACAAGAAAUAUCACUUCUGUCCCACUCCACCCCCCACCAAGAAGGCCUCCUCCACUCGCCUGAAGUUCCUGAGAAAGACCCCCUGACCCUGUCCCCCACAGUUCCCGAGACCGACAUGGACCCCCUGCUUCAGAGCCCAGUUUCCCAAAAAGACACCCCCUUCCAGAUCUCUUCGGCAGCCCAGAAGGACACACCGCUCCCGACAGCGGAGAUCACCCGCUUGGCCGUGUGGGCUGCCGUCCAGGCCGUGGAGAGGAAACUGGAGGCCCAGGCCAUGCGGCUCCUGACCCUGGAGGGGCGGACGGGGACGGCAGAGAAGAAGCUGGCGGACUGCGAGAAGACGGCCGUGGAGUUUGCAAACCAUCUGGAGAGCAAGUGGGUCGUGCUGGGGACCCUGCUGCAGGAGUACGGGCUGCUGCAGAGGCGGCUGGAGAACAUGGAGAACCUGCUGAAAAACCGAAAUUUCUGGAUCCUGCGGCUGCCACCAGGCAGCAACGGAGAAGUUCCCAAGGUCCCUGUCACCUUCGAUGAUGUCGCCGUCCAUUUCUCAGAGCAGGAGUGGGGGAACCUGUCGGAGUGGCAGAAGGAGCUCUACAAGAACGUGAUGAGGGGCAACUAUGAGUCUCUGGUUUCUAUGGACUAUGCAAUUUCCAAACCAGACCUCAUGUCGCAGAUGGAGCGUGGGGAGAGGCCGACCAUGCAGGAACAAGAGGACUCCGAGGAAGGCGAGACGCCCGCGGAUCCCAGUGCUGCACACGACGGGAUCGUGAUUAAGAUCGAGGUGCAGACCAACGACGAGGGCUCAGAAAGUUUGGAGACGCCGGAGCCCCUGAUGGGACAGGUGGAGGAGCAUGGCUUUCAGGACUCCGAGCUGGGCGACCCGUGUGCGGAGCAGCCAGAUUUGGACAUGCAAGAACAGGACAAUACGCUGGAAGAGUCCACCGAAGGCUCCAGCGAGUUCAGCGAGCUCAAACAGAUGCUGGUGCAGCAGAGAAACUGCGCAGAGGGGAUCGUGAUCAAAACCGAGGAGCAGGAGGAGGAGGAGGAAGAGGAGGAGGAGGACGAGCUGCCGCAGCACCUGCAGGCUCUCGGGCAGCUGUCGGGGCGCUACGAGGCCGGCAUGUACCAGACCCCGCUGCCCGGGGAGCUGUCCCCCGAGGGCGAGGAGAGCCCCCCGCCGCUGCAGCUGGGCAAGCCGGCCGUGAAGAGGCUGGCGCCGCCGACGCACGGGGAGCGGCACCCGGGCGACAGCCGCGGCUCCUCGAGCCAGCAGCAGCGGAACCGGCGCGGCGAGCGGCCCUUCACCUGCAUGGAGUGCGGCAAGAGCUUCCGGCUGAAGAUCAACCUCAUCAUCCACCAGCGCAACCACAUCAAGGAGGGGCCCUACGAGUGCGCCGAGUGCGAGAUCAGCUUCCGCCACAAGCAGCAGCUCACGCUGCACCAGCGCAUCCACCGCGUCCGCGGCGGCUACGCGUCCCCCGAGCGCGGGCCCGGCUUCGCCCCCAAGCACACGCUCAAGCCGCGCCCCAAGUCGCCCAGCUCGGGCAGCGGCGGCGGCGGCCCCAAGCCCUACAAGUGCCCCGAGUGCGACAGCAGCUUCAGCCACAAGUCGAGCCUGACCAAGCACCAGAUCACGCACACGGGCGAGCGGCCCUACACGUGCCCCGAGUGCAAGAAGAGCUUCCGCCUGCACAUCAGCCUGGUGAUCCACCAGCGCGUGCACGCGGGCAAGCACGAGGUCUCCUUCAUCUGCAGCCUGUGCGGCAAGAGCUUCAGCCGCCCGUCGCACCUGCUGCGCCACCAGCGGACUCACACGGGCGAGCGGCCCUUCAAGUGCCCCGAGUGCGAGAAGAGCUUCAGCGAGAAGUCCAAGCUCACCAACCACUGCCGCGUGCACUCGCGCGAGCGCCCGCACGCCUGCCCCGAGUGCGGCAAGAGCUUCAUCCGCAAGCACCACCUGCUCGAGCACCGGCGCAUCCACACGGGCGAGCGGCCCUACCACUGCGCCGAGUGCGGCAAGCGCUUCACGCAGAAGCACCACCUGCUGGAGCACCAGCGCGCGCACACGGGCGAGCGGCCCUACCCCUGCACGCACUGCGCCAAGUGCUUCCGCUACAAGCAGUCGCUCAAGUACCACCUGCGGACCCACACGGGCGAGUGAGCGCGCCCGCCGCCGCGCCGCCCGGCCAGGUGCGCCGCCAGCUGCGCGGCCCGGCCCGCCGCGGACACCUGCCCGGCCGCCGCCGCCGCCGCCGCGAGGCCCGAGCCGGGCGGGCGGGGGCGGGGCGCCCCCAGCCCCCUUGCCGUGAGCCCCCCUCCCUCCCUUCGUCCCUCCUCCCAAGGACACGGGGGUAGUGAGACCAGGUCGCUUGCUGCCGUGUUUACCGUGUUUACCGGGGGCCCCGGGGGGGGGGCGGGGGGGGAGUGCGGGGACCUGGGGAACCCCCUUCGGGCUGUUAAUUUCCUUGACAAUAAAAUGGAUGAAACCAAUCAGCACGGGGGGAGUGAUUUGGCCGCCGGCCACUCGGAGGGACGGUGUAGGGCCACUUAGUUGGGGAAUAGAACUUUAUAAUUACCUUUUGGAUACUGUGGUUCUAUUUGAUAAUAAUAGAGUAAUUUUUAAAAGAC